UCGAUCGUCGAUGAACUCGAAACAAAUUAUUUUUGACAGCACGUAAUUUGAGACGAGUUCCAUUGUGACUUUUACUUAAAAAAGUCAUUGUGAACUAUAAAAUGAAAUGUCAAAUGAGUUUUCUUUGAAAUUAUUCCAUUCUAGUUUCAAUUAUAAGUUUUUUCGAAAUGUUUUUCUUUGAUUCGGAGACUGAAAGUGAAGGCGAAGAAGUGUCCUAUGCCAAAAUAAAAAGAAGAUAUUUGAGAGAUAACAGCAACCCAUUCGAAUUGAGUGAAAAUGACUUUGUACAGCAGUUUAGAGUCAACAAGGAAUGUUUUAAAAUGAUACUUAGCUCGUUAGAUCUUCCACAAGACAGAAGAAGAACAUCAGUUCCACCAGUUCUACAGCUGUGUGCAACAUUAAAUCUCCUAGCUAGUGAGAGUUACCAAACCAAUGUUGGAACAAAUGUGUUGCUAAGUAUGGCACAGACAACAGUUUCCAAGUUCUUUCGCCGAACGUUGAGUCUCCUGGAAAAUAAGUUUUGUCCGCAAUGGAUUAAAUUUGAUUGCUCUAAAUUUAGAGACAGCAAGGAGUACUACUAUAGGAAUUUUAAACUACCGGGAAUAGCGGGCUGCGUUGAUGGUACUCAUAUUCCUAUUUUAAGACCAAAAGAAAACGAGCACAUCUAUUUCAACCGUAAAGGGUUCCAUAGUUUGAAUGCAAUGGUGGUAAUAUUAUGAAUUCUAUUUUACAUACUAAAAUGUACAUAUCAAUUUGUCUAGAUUUGCAAUCAUCUAAACGAAAUAAUAGUCAAAAUUUCACAUUGUUUUUUAUUUAUUGACAUAUUUUGUUUUUCAAUAUUUUGUUUUUCCAUUUUUCCGCACAAAAAUCACUGCCGACGAUAACUUAUUUCUGUCGAGUGAAAACUUUUGUUUCAAACGUCAAUUUGAAGUUUGUGUGCUGGCAAAUCUUUCGAAACAAUCGAGGAAGCUCGAUUGAACCAAAAUGUGUGCUGCCAAUGCUCGAUUGUAUCGACUAAACUCGGUUGUAUCAAGUUACGUGCUGGCACC